ACAUUCACUUACCCCAGCUCAGCACAAGGAUAUGUUGUGUUCCAGUAGCAGUUCCCCUCAGGACCCCUGACCUGUCACUCCUGGGUUGCUCAGUUCCCCCAUUUGUGCACAAUGCUCCACUUACCAGAAGCAUGGCGAGAUCCAUCGAUAGCUGAUCAGCUUCCCUGGAUUUCGCUGACGACACAGGAAAGCUUCGCCUGAAGAUGGAAACACUGGAGUCGGAACUGACCUGCCCUAUCUGUCUGGAGCUGUUUGAAGACCCACUGCUGCUGCCUUGCGCUCACAGCCUCUGUUUCAACUGUGCGCAUCGCAUUCUGGUCUCCCACUGUGCCAACAACGAAUCCGUAGAAUCUAUUAACGCCUUCCAGUGCCCCACCUGCCGUUAUGUCAUCACCCUCGGUAAGCGCGGCUUAGACGGGCUCAAGAGGAACGUGACUUUGCAGAACAUCAUCGACAGAUUUCAGAAGGCAUCUGUGAGUGGGCCUAAUUCCCCUAGCGAGACACGCCGAGAGCGGACAUACGAUACGAACAACAGCAUGACUUCCAGCGAGAAAGUACUCUGCCAGUUCUGUGACCAGGACCAGGCACGGGAGGCCGUGAAGACAUGCGUGACUUGCGAAGUGUCUUAUUGUGAUGACUGCCUAAAGGCAACUCACCCAAAUAAGAAGCCGUUCACGGGACACCGUUUGAUUGAACCUAUCCCUGACUCGCAUAUUAGAGGGUUAAUGUGUCUGGAACAUGAGGAUGAGAAAGUUAAUAUGUAUUGUGUGACGGAUGACCAGCUAAUAUGUGCCUUGUGUAAAUUGGUUGGGCGGCAUCGGGAUCAUCAGGUUGCUGCUCUAGGUGACCGAUACGACAAGUUGAAGCAAAGCUUGGAAACCAACCUCACCAGCCUCAUCAAAAGGAACACCGAGAUGGAAAUGCUGUUAGCCAAGCUUAUUCAGACGUGUCAGCAUGUUGAGGUAAAUGCAUCUCGUCAAGAGGCUAAAUUAAUGGAAGAGAGUGAUCAACUCAUUGAAAUCAUACAGCAGAGGAGACAAAUUAUUGGAACAAAAAUUAAGGAAGGCAAGGUGGUCAGGUUGAGGAAGUUGGCCCAGCAAGUGGGGAAUUGCAAGCAGUGCAUUGAGCGCUCUACAUCUCUCAUCUCCCAAGCAGAGCAGUCUCUGAAGGAGGCCGACCAUGCUCGCUUCCUCCAGUCAGCGAAAAGUAUUACGGAAAGAGUUUCAAUGGCAACUGCAUCCUCCCAAGUGCUGAUCCCGGAGAUUAAUCUGAAUGACACAUUUGACACAUUCGCGUUGGAUUUUUCCAGAGAGAAGAAGCUGUUAGAAUGUCUUGAUUAUCUCACAGCUCCUAGUCCCCCAUUGAUUAGAGAAGAACUCUGUACAGCCUCUUACGACACAAUUACUGUGCACUGGACAUCUGACGACGAGUUCAGUGUCGUUUCCUAUGAGCUUCAGUACACGAUCUUCACUGGACAAGCCAACGUAGUCAGCUUGUGUAACUCUGCCGACAGCUGGAUGAUUGUGCCCAACAUCAAGCAGAACCACUAUACUGUGCACGGCCUGCAAAGCGGCACUAAGUAUAUUUUUAUUGUGAAGGCUAUAAAUCAAGCCGGCAGCCGUAACAGUGACCCUGGGAAAUUAAAGACAAACAGCCAGCCUUUUAAAUUGGACCCAAAGUCUGCCCAUCGGAAGCUUAAGGUUUCUCAUGACAAUUUGACAGUGGAAAGAGACGAAACUUCUUCAAAAAAGAGUCACACGCCAGAGCGUUUCACUAGCCAAGGAAGUUAUGGUGUAGCUGGCAAUGUGUUCCUGGACAGUGGCCGCCAUUAUUGGGAAGUGGUUAUAAGUGGAAGCACCUGGUAUGCGGUUGGCAUUGCAUACAAAUCUGCACCAAAGCAUGAAUGGAUAGGAAAGAAUUCAGCUUCCUGGGUAUUUUGCAGAUGUAACAAUAACUGGGCAGUAAGACACAACAGUAAGGAGAUUCCGAUUGAGCCCUCUCCACAUCUACGGCGCAUUGGAAUUUUGCUAGACUACGAUAAUGGUUCACUGUCGUUUUACGAUGCCUUGAACUCCAUGCAUCUUUACACUUUUGACAUUGCUUUUGCACAGCCCGUGUGUCCCACCCUGACCGUUUGGAACAAAUGUUUAACAAUUUUAACAGGCCUUCCUAUUCCUGAUCAACUGGACUGCUUGGAGCAGCUAGCAUGAUUUCUACAGCCAUACCUUCAUUUGGUGCAUUGGGUUCCAGAAGUGAAAAUUUGAAGAGUGUGCUUUCUUUGAUUUAAAUCCAUUACAGGAAUGUUUUACCAAUUAUUUAUGGAUAAACUUUUGAUUAGUCUUUUUUUGGGGUUUUGCACAUUGACUUGAUUUAGCCGUCCUGCUCGCAGUGCUCAUUAAGGAAUGAAAUGUUCUACAAUAUUACCUGCAGACCUUCAUGGACUUCUUUCAGUUGCACAUUAUAAUCCAACAUCUCUCUGUGCAGAUGAUACCAGAAAAUUCCAUAGGUAUCUGCUAUAGAUUUAGUGUUGUAUAGAGAAAGAUACAUAGACGUUGGCUCGGAACUGUUCAUUCUCAAACUAUGGGCACCAGCAUUUUGCAGUAUGUGUUAUGAAUAAUGUUUUACAAAUGAGGAAAUUGAGUUAUGCACCUGUUCUUGUAUUGAGAAGAAAGUGGCCAUGUGUUUCUGGCGAAUAUGGAAAGAAAAUAAUUAAAUAUACAUGAAAUAUUGUAAAUGGCACAUGAGCUAUGUGUUAUACGUACGGUCCUGUAAAAUCCACAGAUGGAGCAGGGAAUAUAGAUUAUAACAUUUUUAUUUCCUUUCAGAAGCUGUAAUUUAAAAGAAAACUGUGUCAAUCAUAUUAAUCGGAGAACUCGGAUGUCAAUUUGUUCUAGAAGAAAUCUAAACCAUGGUCAGGUUGAGUUAAGCGAGCUUAUUUGUAUAUUCAGGCAAAGGUUUUCUUAGUCCAGUUAUUGUCCACCAAAGUUGACAUGUUUUCAUGCACUGACAUUGGGCUAAAAGCAAUGGCAAUUAUUUUGAGACCGGGAAAGUCCAUAAGCCUCUCCAGUUUGCCAUUUAGCGUCAGGGCCUUUAUUUUUAUGCACUUAUAUGGCUGUUGAGCUUAUCAAGUUUUUCCAAGAUAUGAGCCUUCUGCUAGAAUAGUCAUGAGUUCUAGCUACUUUUUACAUAAAAUUGGAUGGAUGCAACUGGUGUGGAAGCAAUAAUAUAUCUAGUUGAUCCUUCCAUGUAUGUCAUAUGAGUAUAUUAGGCAAUAUACAGCUCUAAAGUGUCUAUAAUAAGUUAAUAAUCACUUAAAAUUAGAGUAGUUUGAGUUCAUGACAUUAUAAUUUUCAAUGUUAUG